CAAGCCCAAAGCCUUAAACAGCUUACUAAGAGGCCGAGAAAUCCAUACCCAAACAGCCCUAGUUUCUGCCACUACCUAUAUAAUGAUCGUUUUUUCUCCAAACCCUACCAUUUUCACAGAUAAAAAACCCUAGAAACCUUCCCCCUUCCCCUUGUCCCCCUGAAGAUCCUAUCAAUGGCCGCCACAGCCGCUGCUCGACCUCUAGUCACGGUUCAGGCCCUUGAUGGCGAUAUGGCCACCGACUCUGCACCAACUGUCCCACUACCGGACGUCAUGAAGGCCUCGAUCCGUCCUGAUAUCGUUAACUUCGUCCACUCCAAUAUCUCAAAAAACAAGAGGCAGCCUUACGCUGUGAGCAAGAAAGCUGGUCACCAGACCUCCGCCGAGUCAUGGGGUACCGGUCGUGCUGUUUCUCGUAUCCCCCGUGUCCCUGGUGGUGGUACUCACCGUGCUGGACAGGGAGCCUUCGGUAACAUGUGUCGUGGUGGACGCAUGUUCGCUCCUACCAAGAUCUGGCGCCGAUGGCAUAGAAAGAUCAAUGUGAAUCAGAAGCGGUACGCCGUCGUUUCAGCUAUUGCCGCUUCCGCUGUUCCCUCUUUGGUUAUGGCUCGUGGUCACAGAGUGGAGUCUGUUCCUGAACUUCCUUUGGUCAUAAGUGACGCAGCUGAGGGUGUCGAGAAGACAUCUGCGGCAAUUAAGGUCUUGAAGCAGAUCGGCGCUUAUGAAGAUGCUGAGAAGGCUAAGGACAGCCAUUCGAUUCGUCCUGGUAAGGGUAAGAUGAGGAAUCGUCGUUACAUUAACCGUAAGGGACCUCUUAUUGUUUAUGGAACUGAGGGUGCGAAGCUUGUCAAGGCAUUCAGGAACAUUCCUGGUGUCGAUAUCGUUAAUGUUGAGAGGCUUAAUUUGCUUAAGCUUGCCCCUGGGGGUCACCUUGGAAGGUUUGUAAUCUGGACCAAGUCUGCUUUUGAGAAGCUUGACUCGAUCUAUGGUUCAUUUGAUAAGCUUUCUUUGAAGAAGAAAUCAUACGUGCUGCCUAGGUCUAAGAUGGUGAAUGCUGAUUUGGCUAGAAUUAUCAACUCUGAUGAGGUUCAAUCUGUUGUAAGGCCGAUUAAGAAGGAGUCCAAGAGGGCACCAUUGAAGAAGAACCCUCUGAAAAACCUCAACGCCAUGUUGAAGCUUAACCCAUAUGCCAAGACUGCAAAGAGGAUGUCCUUGUUGGCUGAGGCUCAACGUGUGAAGUCUAAGGCAGAGAAGCUCGAGCAGAAGAGAAAGCCCAUUUCUAAGGAGGAAGCUGCCGCCAUCAAGUCCGCAGGAAAGGCUUGGUACCAAACUAUGAUCUCAGAUUCUGACUACACCGAGUUUGAAGUGUUCACCAAAUGGCUCGGCGUGUCACAGUGAUUCAAUAUUUGUGCGUUUGAAUACCUUGAGACUUUGUUUUGUUUUGGUGUUAGUUUUGUUUUUCUUUUUGGACAUUUCAAGUGUGAGAAGGGAGACUGGGAGUUCUGACUUGUUGUCUGUAAUCCUCUUCUCUUUCUCUUAUUCCCCCUUCAACAAGAGUUUUUAUUAUCUAUCAGUUAUGAACCUCAGUAUUCUAGAUUUCUUAGUGUAGUUGGUCAAACGACAUUUUACAUUAUUACAUAAACAAUUUUGCAUCUUCGUUCA